ACCGCAUAUCAUUCUUUCUGAACGAUUUCCACUGAUGCCAUUUCUUUCCUUUUGUUAUUAUUAUUAUUUUUGACGAGCAUAUUUCUGAACCACAUUCCAGCAGCAGCAGCUUUGGUUUUUGGGAGUUUAUUCCUUGCGUAACAUAAUCUUGGUGUGUCUGCCCCUCCUUGUUCCUGCGAGCCGAGGGAGCAGCCGCGACACCACCCACCCCCAUCGCCUUCCUCCCUCCUCCUUUUCUUCCUUCAUUCUGCACGGACAGCCGAGCUGAGCGCGGCUCGCCUCGUCAUGUUUACGAAGCGCGGCGUGGAGAAAACCACCGCCGUCCCACUGGAAUGAUCCGACACGGAAUCCCCCCUCCCUCCCUCGCCUUCAUCCCCUGCCGGAUCCGGACUUGGACCUGUGCGUAAAAACGCGAGACGGCAUCAGUCAGAUAUCCGCCGUGCGGUGAUUUGAGCGGAGGAUCGUCUCCUCUUCUUUUUCUCCUGCACCACGCGCCCCAUUACAUAGGGAGGGAAUCCAUCUAAUUUUGAAAAAAUAAACAAAACAAACAACAACAAAAGAAAACAGCUCCUGUUGGAAUUCUAGAGGAGCAGGGACGUAAAGAAGAGCAUGGAGGCCCUGCUGUCUGUGCUGAAGGGCCACCCUGGCCCAGCGGUGCUGGUCUGCUCUCUGCUGUUCAGGGUGGCCCACCAGCUGCUGCAGAGGCUGCCCGUCCCCACUGUGGUCCGGCAGGACGCCUUCCGCUCCUGGAAGUGGAAGAACCUGUCCGUGUCCAUGGUGCACUCGGUGCUGACCGGGACCUGGGCUCUGACCUGCGCGGUGAUCUGGCCCGAGACGCUCAGCAACAUCCACAAAUUUCACAACACUCUGUCCUACCUGCUUAUCUGCGUCUCCACAGGUUACUUUGUGCAUGAUGCAGGCGAUAUCAUUCUGACGGGACACGGCAGAGGAUCAUGGGAGUUUUUACUCCAUCACGCGAUGGUAAGAUGUUUGUGCUCAUGCUUUUGUUUUUAACUCGAUAAAGCUGCCGUUUCUGGUUCAGACAGCACAUCUGAGUCACAAGACAAAAGAGAGAUAACAUCAAGCUCUGCAAUGUGUUGGGCAGGUUCCAAGGACGUGGAAUAAAAAGGAGAGUUGAAAUUAA